ACACAUACACACACAUACACACAAUCACAUACACCCACGUACACACAAUCAGUCUCCUGGCCGUCACGAUGCUUUUCCAUUGAGGUGAAUUCAGAGCGGAGAUGCUGGGACAUGCAGGGCGUCAGUUCUUCCCCAUCCUCAAUCGAAGCCUACAAGCCAAGCCUAACUUUGCUGGACCUCAGCUCGUUGCUAUGACGUCUGACCCUGAUGUUGAUCCGGUAAUUGAGUCUACCGGUGACUUCACUUGAAGUCGCUAUGGACGGGUGGGCGAGUUACGCGAUGGUAAGGAUGAAGUGGCGAUCCAUUUUACUAACUUUUGUCUUAUUGACCCGCCGGUGUCACCAGCCUGUCACUGGUGACUUCGCGGCCUCUGAUGAACGCACAGACGUCGGACACGAUGAGGAUGUACAUCCCAACACCCUCAUAGAAACCAACUGGGACACAAACUGGGACACAAACUGGGACACACACAAAGACAACUAUGAGGACGCUGACUGGCAUCCUCCUUCCUCCCUCCUGGAAACACACUCUGACCCGUUCCCGGACGCCCCACCGGUGAUACGCAGCGGCGACAGUACUGACCAAACCUUCAACCGGACUAUUGGCGGUUCAUCAGCACAGUGCGGCGAGUACAGCAGUCAGUUGACGUCUAGCGGCCAGUGCCGGCUGAUGGCGACGCUGCCUCCGGUGCCGGUGGGAACGACGCAGCAACGCUGCCCUGAUAUGUUCCGCUGCACAGACGACAUCUCGUAUUGGCUCCACGAGAACCAGAGCAGAAAGGAGCAGCUGGAGGAGCUGAGGGAGACGAUGUCACAGCUGCAGGAGGAGCUGAGGAACCACCGCCAUCGAGUCAAGGCCCUGGAGGAGCAGGGUGAAGAAAGCGUUGAUUUCAAGUCGACCUUUGAACAGCGGUUGCGUUCUCUGGAGCUGCGUCAUGCCGAGUCCGAAACGCUGCUCCACGUGCACGCGGCGCUGCUGCACGAGCUGCAGGCGCAGCUCCGCAACCUGUCCGCCACCGUGCAGCUCAUGAGCCACAACGCCAGCUGCACGGUCAACGUCAUCAGAACCACGCCGCUGCUCGGCAUGCGAGACACACUGCCACCAGAUGGACGGCACCUGUCUUUCUGUCCAUCAGACUGUGCAUCUCUGUAUCACAAUGGUGUUCGUCACUCUGGUGUUUACACCAUAAUCCUGUCUCCAGGCACCCUCCUGCCUGUCUACUGCGACAUGGAGACCGAAGGCGGGGGCUGGACGGUGUUUCAGCGGCGGCGCGACGGCUUGGUGAGUUUUAACCGCGGCUGGUCGGAGUACCGCGACGGCUUCGGCGAGCUGCGAGGAGAACACUGGCUGGGCAACCAACAGCUCCACCUGCUGACCAACCAGGGCCACUACAGCCUCCGCAUCGACCUGCAGGACUGGAGCCAUGCCCACGGACACGCCCUCUACCACAGCUUCAGGAUAGAGAAUGAGGAGAACCAGUACCGCCUCCAUGUGUCUGGUUUCAGUGGAACAGUGGAGGAUUCGUUCGCUUGGUACCACGACCAGCACGGCUUCAGCACGCCAGACACCGGCAACAUCUGUGCCGAGAUCAGCCACGCCGGCUGGUGGUUCCACCAGUGUUUCUAUGCCAACCUCAACGGAGUCUACUACGAGGGGGGGCGCUACUCUCUGAAAGCUAAGAACUUGCUCGGGCCGGACGGCAUCGUCUGGUUUUCCUGGAAGGAGUCAGACUUCUACUCUCUGAAGGCCGUAACCAUGAUGAUACGACCACGCAACUUCAGGCCACGCUCAUCGCCAUAGUGAUGGAGCUGCCUCUAGUAUGGAGGACAGAACCUGACAAAAUCCAAAAAGGAAUGAAUAAAUAAAUGACUUUAAUAUGUCAUUAAAUGUAGCCAAAAUCAUAUUUAAAAUAAAUGUAGCUAUUAAUUAAUUGAUAAAAAUGUGACAUGGAUAUUUCUGUUUUGUAGUAAUUCCCUUAUUUAUUUACACUUUGGUAAUUACCCUUUUAAUUUUCAUA